UACGUUCCCCCAGAUGCGCAAUCUGAACGAGCAUUGGCCGUUAAUGGUGAUAGGGGUUUCGGUGCUGAUCUCAUGGCAAAUACGAUUGAGAUGUGUGCUGAUGAUGUCACCGAAAUGCAUAAGCAAGAAAAUCGAAAGAAAUGGGAUCGUAAACGUAAGCGCUUCGUUGCUGAAUCGAGUGAGCACCCAUCGAAGAAAAGAGUCCGAACAGAGGAUGGCACCUAUGUGCCAGCAACCUAUCGAUCGGGUCGUUACGAGAAAUGGCAGUCCAAACAGAAAAUCGGCUAUCGGAAUGAGGACAACAAUAGUGAUGAUAAUGACAACGAUAAGGCAUCACGCAACAAACAACAAUUCAAUAAUCGCUCAAGAGGUCGUGAUCGAAAUAAGAAGAUGCCAAAUGUAGUGGUGAAACGUUCGGAACUGAAGAAUCCAGAUCAGAUUCUGAAGCAGAGACGAAAGAAGGAGAGUAUUCGUGCCUAUCAAUCGCAUCGUCGUGACGAGAAUCUGAAGAAGAAGACUGGUAGAAGUAAUAAACAACGUUCAUAG